UUCAAGCGCAAGCGUAUAGUCAACGCGUUCACGGCAACCAUAUUUAGUGAAGUGACAGGAAACCGUCGGUUUACGUAAACUUGUAGUUAAAUGAUGGAUUAAGUGCAUUUACUCGAACUAUUCAUUUGAAGUUUAAGCAAAGUAAAUAUUUGGGUCGAGUUUGAGACGCCGCCGCCGCCGUUUAAUCUUACCAUUGCAGAUAAUUGCGAUAAUCUCAUUGGUUACGAAAUUAACUAUUAUACGUGACGUAAUAAUGAGUAGCGACACCAGAAGAGAGCGCGCGAACAACUUUACCGAGAACGAAAAGGAUUGGUUAAUUAAAAUUGUCAUCGAGAAUUUUUUCGAUAUAAUUGAAUCGAAAAAGACGGACGGGGCGACGAUCAAGGAGAAAAAUGAAGCGUGGUAUUCGGUUUCUCAAAUGUUUAACGAAUCGAAGCACUGUAUUGUACCCCGAAAUGUUCUGCAGCUUCGAAAUGCCUAUCAUAACAUGAAAAAGAGGUUGAAGAAGGAAUUUGUAACUGAGGACGAUAAGAACCGUUACAUAUCAAAUCUCUCUAGAGUGAGUAAUAUAAAAGGCAAAUUCAUCAACAUGCUUUAUCUGAACCCGGAAAUAUCCGUGAAAAACGAAUUUUCCUACAACACCUUCAAAGAUUCCACGGUAAUGGACUUUGUGGUGGAGCCCUCCGACGCGAAAGAGUUGGAAAACCAAUCUGUACUCAUCUUGGAUCCAUUUCUUCCGAUCGGCAGUUCAUCAUACAAUGUGCAACAGGCAAGCGUGAACGAGGGUAGUCAGGCAUUGAGCGAAUCCAAUUCGACGCAGAACGCCGCGUUUUCGAAGAGGAGAAAAUUGUGCGAGACGUAUAGAAACGCGGAGAGAGUUCGUUUGAGUAAGAGGUGGCAACUUAAAUUGGAAAUUUUAAAGGUGAAGAAGUACAGGGAGGAUGAAAAGUUGGAAGUGGACAAGUUGCGGAAGUUACAAGAGGAGGAAAAACUCAAACAGGAGCAGCUGCAAACUGAACUGUUGCGGAUGCAGUUAAACAAAUUGCAAAGUGAAGAAAAUCAGUAAUUUUCGCGAAAGUACCUUAUUGUUUCAAAGAUUGUACAUAUUAA